AUGGAUAUCGAUCCUAACUUAACACGCCCAGAUCUAUUAGUCCUCAAAGAGCUAUUUGCCGAUGUUUCCGAGCUCAGGAGCCAGGCUGUUGAAGCACCAGCAAGCCAAUCAAGCUCUACCAGUGGGACGGAAAAUUCAGGAAUCCACCAAGCUGAAAUUAGGCAAAGGUCCAACAAAAAUGGGUACGCUGAAUCCAACGGCCUCCAAGCCAACAACGCCACGGUCGAAACUUUGGCUUCUCUCAACAAUCCUCAGCACAAAGAUUUCGAACCAACCAUCUUUCUGACGUGGGAUUUCAAUGAUAUCAAGCUUCCCCGCCUUCUAAAUGACUAUUUAUUAGAGCCGUAUGUCAAUUUUGGCCGCAGUGUAGUCCGUGUCGAGACAGAUGUGGUAAUGCUCACGCAUCUCCUACUCUACUUUGCUACAUCCGUCCCAAGUGCACUUUUCCUGUUCUACCGCUUCAACUGGAUCCAUGGAGUCCUGCACUGGAUCAUGCAAUCCUACUACGUGGGAACAUAUACUCUCAUGAUGCAUCAACAUAUUCACAUGGGAGGCAUUCUUGCUCGAAAAUACUCAUGGUUUGACAAGUUGUUCCCCUACAUUACAAACCCGCUGAUGGGCCACACUUGGAAUUCUUAUUAUUACCAUCACGUCAAGCACCAUCACGUCGAGGGCAACGGGCCUAACGACCUCUCUUCCACCAUUCGAUACCAGCGGGACGACUUGGGUGAUUUCCUCUGCUACGUUGGUCGAUUUAUGUUCUUCAUCUGGCUGGAGCUACCUCUGUACUUCCUCCGCACAUCAAAGACACAAUUAGCCAUAAAGGCUGCAUUCUGGGAAAUUUCAAAUUACCUUGCUAUUUUGCUCCUCCUCACAGUUAAUUGGAAAGCUACGUUGUUCGUAUUUGCGCUGCCACUCUUACAAUUACGAGUGGGAUUGAUGAUUGGCAACUGGGGCCAGCAUGCCUUUGUUGAUGAAGUCGAUCCAGAUUCCGACUUUCGCUCAAGUAUCACACUGAUAGAUGUUGCUAGCAACCGUUUCUGUUACAAUGACGGCUAUCACACAUCUCACCACCUCAACCCUCUGAGGCACUGGCGGGAACAUCCCGUCGCUUUUCUCAAGCAGAAAAAGCGCUACUCUGAGGAACAUGCGCUGGUAUUCCACAACAUUGAUUAUAUCAUGUUAACCGUCAAGUUGAUGCAGAAGGACUAUGGGCACUUGGCAAAAUGCCUUGUUCCCAUUGGUGAGCAAGUCCAUAUGAGCUUGGACGAAAUUGCCUCGAUGCUUCGAAGAAAAACGCGUCGAUUCACUGAAGAGGAUAUUAAAAACAAGUUCAAGGUGAAUAAAUAG